UUAAAAUAAUUGUGACUACAGUGUUCAUAGGACGUGCGUUGUCUAAUUCUUUAGAAUCAUCGAGUGAACGUCUUGAAGUCUUCAAGAUGCGUCUUCUACCUAUGACGAAUCUUAUUUAUUUUGUUUUUGUGUUAAAUUUGGUUCACAACAGCGUUCUGGCGUUCAGUACAGUUACCAAUAGUUCUGAAGAAAGUGUUACAGAUAAUUUUUCAUCGGGAUUAAAUGUUGUAUUUCGUGCAUAUGAAGAAUGUAACAGAGUCACAUUUGGAGAGAUUCUUACGUGCCUCAAGUUAAGAGCACUUAAAUUAGCGGAUCGGGUAUUAAAAUCUGACACUGUUCAGGUGAUUGAUGGAAUUAACAUUGUAAAGUCCUUCUCAAAGGAUGUUGACAGGAAUGGCCGCAGGUUAAACUUUAAACCUCUAACAGAAGUUAAUGAAGCAGUUCUGCCAACUGAUCCACAACAGAAACAAGAUAAAUUGAAUGAGAUGCUUGUUGAGAGAGUGGCAAGAUUCUUCCGGACACAUUCGGUUAAAUUUGACUUACCUCGAUUUGUGGAGGAAUCCAAGCAUCUCCUUGAUGGCUACACAACAUCAGAAGGUCGUCGUAAGAAGAACAGGUUUGGCCUUCUUAUGCUCGGAGGGCUGUUUAAGGGUGGAAUGUUCGCACUAGGGUUAAACGGACUUGGCAUUCUGGCUGGCAAAGCGUUGCUUGUAGCCAAAAUUGCCCUCGUUCUCUCUGCUGUAGUUGGCCUCAGCAGUUUACUGAGCUCAGGACACAAGGAAGAGAAAACCACGUACGAAAUCGUCGAAGACCCUCAUGUGUCUCACGCGUACACUUAUUCCAGUGGCCAUAUUGAUGGAGGUCACGGCCAUUUUGAUUCUGGCGACCAAGGUCACUACAGGAAGAGUUUGAAGAUUCCAGGCGCUGCGAUGUUGGCCUACAGAGGACAGCGCCAGGGACAGAACCCAUGAUCCUUUGAUAAAGGGUCUGUGUAGUGUUUAGCAUUUAGCUGAAAAGGUUCCAGGAGAAUGCAUUAAGAUAUCGUUUUUGAAGAAACUGGUGCAAUGAUUCCUAGUUUAAUCCUCUGCGUAUUAGUCUAUAGAGAGCCACAACAACAAAAAAUUAAGCUUCUUAAUUUAGAUUUAAAUAAAAUGUAAUUAAUUAAUUAAUUUCACUUGAUCAAAAACAAAAUUUUAUAUUUUACGCAAUUGCUAGGGGAAUUGUUUACAACUAAGUCUAGGAGCAGAUGAGAGAUGUCAGGCUUGUUAAUUACGGAGGAUCUGCACACGUUUUGUUUUGUCGUCGAUAUAAGAGAAUUUGGUGCUGUAAGGGUUGACUUAACAGAUUCAAUUAAUGUAGGCUAUCUCGUUAAUAAGAACGCGUUAAUCGAUUAAUAAUAUUAAUAGUAAUAAUAAUAUAGUUCGUGGUCCGAUCCAGAACUAUGUCAAUAACUAUACCUGUUUCUACACGUCACAAAUGUUACAUUUUAAAAGAGAAUUGCACUGUACA